AGUGAAUGAGGGUGUGCAAAGUAUAAAUAUAUCGAUAAAGCAGUGUCAUUUAUACAGAGUUGCCUCGUUUUAUUUUUAUACUAUUCAACUGCCAAAUUAAAAAUAAAAGAUUGUUAACACUGUUUAGAAUUGUGCUCUUCAUUGACAGACAGCGUAAAAAGUAAAGACAAAAAAACCCGGCAAAAACUGGCAGAUAAAAUAAACAACAAUAAUGCCCACAAAACAUUUUUGUAUUCUAAUAUUUUUAAAUAAUAAUAUUUGAAUUUAAUUUUUACAACAUAUUUUUUAUUUGUUUUUGCAAUAAUUAAGAUUAAUUAAAAAAAAUAAACUAAAUUAAAAAAAAAAAUUAACAGGAAGAAGAAGAUCUCAUAAAAAGCAUACAUAAACAAUUUGCAAAACAUGUAAAAAGAAGAAGAGUUAAAGAAAAAGUAGAGAGAGCGAAAAAAUGAGCGAUUAAACAAAAAUUUUGCAGCAACAUAUUAGCAAAAAAAAAUAAAGAAAACUUUAAAAAUAUUUAUAUAAAUACAAAAAAAUAACAAAUUUAAUAAUAAAACAAUAAAUUAUUAACAAAUUUUAUUAAAAGAAAAAAGUUAUUUACAUGAAACUUUUAAAGCCAAGUUGGGUGCAUCAUGAUGAAAAACCAAUUUUCUCUGUGGAUGUUCAUCAGGAAUGUCUUAAAUUUGCUACUGGUGGGCAAGGAGUGGAUUCCGGCCGGGUCGUGAUAUGGAAUCUAAUACCCGUGCUAUCCGAGAAAGCCGAACUAGAUGAGAAUGUGCCGAAAAUGCUGUGUCAAAUGGACAAUCAUCUUGCGUGUGUUAAUUGUGUGCGCUGGUCGCAAAGCGGACUUAUGUUGGCCUCCUGUUCGGAUGAUAAGUUGGUCAUGAUAUGGCGGCAAUCGAAGGGUCCCAGUGGUGUUUUCGGCACUGGAGGCAUACACAAAAAUCCUGAAUCUUGGAAAUGUGUUUUCACUUUGCGCGGCCAUUCGGGAGAUGUUUUGGACUUAGCCUGGUCCCCACAAGAUCGUUGGCUGGCCAGCUGUAGCAUUGAUAAUACCAUUAUUGUUUGGGAUGCCCAAAACUUUCCUGCCAUGGUGGCAAUGCUUAAGGGACACACAGGUCUAGUCAAGGGUGUUGCCUGGGAUCCGGUGGGUAAAUAUUUAGCUUCACAAAGUGAUGAUCGUAGUGUAAAAAUCUGGAAAACAUCAGACUGGACUUGUAGUAGUACAAUCACAGAACCUUUUGAAGAGUGCGGUGGCACCACACAUAUUUUACGUUUGUCCUGGUCGCCGGAUGGUCAAUACUUGGUAUCGGCCCAUGCCAUGAAUGGCGGAGGACCAACAGCACAAAUUAUAGAACGUGAGGGUUGGAAGUGUGAUAAGGAUUUUGUGGGUCAUCGCAAAGCGGUUACGUGUGUACGUUUUCAUACCGCCAUAUUGAAAAGACAAGCGCCCAAGUCACAAAAACCCCAACAGUAUUGUUGUUUGGCCGUGGGUUCCCGCGAUCGUUCCCUAUCAGUGUGGAUGACAGCUUUGCAAAGACCUCUGGUGGUGAUACAUGAACUAUUUAAUGAUAGUAUUCUGGAUUUGUCCUGGGGUCCCGAUAAAUGCAUACUCAUGGCCUGUAGUGGCGAUGGCACGGUGGCUUGUUUACAAUUUUCCGAAAAUGAAUUGGGCACACCUCUCUCCGAGGAGGAUAAAAACACACUGUAUCAACGUAUUUAUGGCAAAACGGCAGCAAUUCUGACAAACGGUUCGUCGGCAGCAACAGAUUUACUCAUAGAAAAUCCCGAACUUUUAACUUGUACUCAGGACAAAAUAAAACCACCCACACUGCCAACCAUACAGGUUACCAAUCACAAUAACAACAUCGAAAACUCUUUAACACAAGCGGCCGCCAAUGGUUUUGGUUAUGGCAGUCGCAGCAGCACUUCCACACAAAAUGCAAACGCUAUGGAAAUUGGACAAAGUACACCCAUUAAAGCCAUUAAUAAACAAAUGGAGACACGCACAAAAGAUGGUAAACGGCGCAUAACUCCAGUGUUUAUACCUUUAAAUCAAGAUGUGGCACAAACUAAUACAACAACGAAUACAAAUUCAAGCAGUUUUGCUCAAGCAACUACAGAAGUAACGGGAAGUGCAUCUAUGCCCUCAGAGGGUGAGGCAGUAAUAGCUUCCACUUCUUCGGCUAGUAUGAAAGACAGUACAACAUCUCCUGGCUCGUCAGCAAACACACUACCUAAAACUAAUAUAACAGAUCAGGAAAGGGGCCGCUUGGAUUCACGUUUAGUUAAAAGCUCAACGGCCAAACCACGUGUUGAACCUUUUACCGUUUCCAAGGACAACUUUCAAUCAUUUCCAAACUUUAAACAAACACCACAACACUUUAGCAAUGAUGAUAAAACCUCCGCCACCACCAGUAACGCUGCUUCAGCUACAAAAUCUUAUCAGGCCUCUACUAUGGGCCCUAAAAUCACCAUAACAGCCACCACCAAGUGUGAAUAUCAAAAGACUGCUUUAGAUUAUCGCGUUCACGUAAGCAACGGCUGUGUGCCCACAAAUAAUGGUCUUUUGGCUAAAGUAACAGCAUUUCGUUUAGCUACCGGCAAAUUGUGGGAGACAUUUGUGGGUUCCCCUGUGGUAAAUUUCAAUUUUUGUUUGAAAUGCGUAAUGCUUUGUAGUUUAGAUGGUUCUAUGCGUUUAUUGGAUUUACAAACCGGUAGUCCCCUAAUGCCAAUUAUCUCUCUAACAACAGCUGCCAUACAAUGUGCCUUUUGUCCCAAGGGCCUUUUAGUGGGUGUCAUUACCGAAUGUGGCCUUUUGCGCAUUUGGAAUAUUGCCACGUGUUCGGCUGUUUUAGCCACCACCUGCAAUGAGAUCUUUGGCAAACAUGGCUCGGUGUUACAGUUUACUAUAACCGAACAGGGUGUACCUAUGAUUCUGUUCUCAAACGGUCAGGCCUUUUCAUAUUCUGCUCAAUUACAAUCUUGGUUGGUUUUGAAUACCAAGGAUCCGAUUAUGCGUCAUGGUCUGCGUACGUCUAUACCUAAGGAAUUGAAUAAGAAUUAUUUAUGUUAUCCUUUAACAUCGAUUCAGGCGGCUACAACCACUUUUGUUACGCAGAGUACUGGAAUUGAUUUAAAUGCCAACGACUGGCAAUCGGUUGCUAAAAUAUCAUUCAUCGAAAAUCAAAUAAAACUUUGUGAAGCUAUAAAUUCCGCAGAGGAACUUAAAUACUGGUACACCAUGUUAGCAUUUCAUUUGGCUAUUGGUAAUAAUGAAAAUAAACUGCGUCUACUACUCAACGAUCUCUUGGGAACAGGGACUAGAAGUAUAAGCUCACAAAAUGAAUACAUAUUGAAUAUAUCCAAACAUGAAAUUUUGGAUUUAGUUUUGGAACAACUUAAAGUUCAUAUUAAAUGGCAACGCAUUUAUAUGGAAUACAAUGAAUUAUAUCAACAGUUAAAAAUACGACGACAAGCUAAGCUUAAAAAACAACAACAACAGGAGCAGGAGCAACAAAUUUUACAAGAAACUGAAAAAGAGAAAUCUGUUAAUUUAACAACAAAAUCUCCAGAAGAGAAUGAUGCUGCUGCUGCCAUCACCACUUCCUCCAAUUCUAGUUUGAAUUGUGCCAAAUUAGAAACUCGUAUGGAUAUUACUUAAUGAUGUUACAAACAAUAACUUGUUCACACACAAACACUUGCUCGCCAAAAUGUUCUGCCCAACAGAAUAAUAAUAGUUGUUCUCAUAAUUAAUCACACUACUUCGUCGUCGUUGUCGUCGUCGUUUAAACAUGAAAUUAAUAUUAUUUAUUACAGCUAAGCUAUUUUUUUCAAUUAAAUUUAUGAUAAUUUAACUUAUUUAGG